AUGACUCAACCAUCUACACAGCAUCAGCUAACUCCACAAUUCUGUUUCUCGUAUGGCACUUUGCGAGACUUUCUUCGACUUUCAAGAUCUUCCAUCGAUGAUUCAAUCACACAGAAUCUCAAUGCACUUGUGACGCCGUCUCGAUCCGGAUUUGAUCCCUCGUCCACAUCGCAACGCGUCCCAAGACCAACCUCAAAACAGAUUGAUCCUCAGCCAUGCUUAGAUUUCAAGGAGAGAGUGCUGUUUCCUUCAUGGGAGACCCGGACUGAAGUGCUGAAUUACUGCGCUCUUGUAGCUGCAAGCCCGGACCCUGAUGACCCGGACCGAACUAUCAGGGAACUAGAGAAAGAACAAGACCGCGAUAGAACAGUCGAUGAACGAUUAGAUCCGUAUUCCGGUAGAUUCUUCCCACGUGAAGCACGUACUGAGCGCCUGGCUUCGCUUGUAAGACAAGAGAGAGGCGUAGAGGGUAUCGUACGACAUAGGACGUGGGAGGUCGUACAGCAACGAUGCGGGGGCGAUCCUUUUGAAAACUGGGAGGACACAAUCAGAAAAUGGAGGAAGGCCCGAAACUUGGAAGGGAAUGUAUAA